UCUUGGACAGUGCAGACGAUCGCCAUGGACAUUCUCCCUGUAGCCCUACUACUCCUGCUGGCCUGUGCCAGCGUCUCUCCCAUGGUCUACAAACUGAAUCCGGAGGAAAAAUACGAGGCUGACCUGGUGGCCGUCUCCUCCACAGUGAUCCCGCUGACCGUGCUGGAGGUAAGCUACGGCGCCGGCGGCAAGCCCAGCGAGGAGUACAAGGCCGCCUACCUGCGCAAGCUACGCAAACAGGUGCUCCAGCGGGCAGACAAGCAGCAGCAGCAGCAGGAGGAGGAGGGUGCCCCCACUCUGGUGGGUGUCUCCCAGGCCGCCGCCGUGGAUGCCGAUGCUCUGAUCACAGUAAAGUCGCAGCUGGAGAGGGCCAAAGUCAAGGCCGUCUGAGGCAGAGGCGGACCGGACCGUACCGAACCGUGUGGAGUAACACGAAGCUGAUGUCAUGGGCGCUUUCUC